GUUCACUCCGAUUUCUCCCAAGUCGGAGCUUCUGAAGAGGCCGUGAAGGCAUCACGCGUCUGGUCCCGCCCAUCGUUAGUGCGCUGCGCUCCGUCCUCUCGGCAGUUGGAGAGUGAAGCCGAGGAGAGGACAACCAAGUACAUGUCCCCGUUGGACUGCCAGUCGGAUUGCCAGACAAAUCGGUUGGAGUUGAUUUCCCUGAAAAGGAUCCUCAAAGCGAUUAUCGAUAAAGAUUUCAUGUUCUAUCGAGCUGUAACUUUAUUUUUUUACUGGACUAAACAAUGUUUAGUCAACGGUUUCACGUUACCUCGUCUUCGGGUCAUUGAAGGAGCACCCUGUGAAGCUUUCUGCUCUGAACUUUGUGGGGUGAGGGGGGAGGAGAGGAGGAAUGGCCCCGGCCCUCACCAAAAUCCUGAAGGAUGGCCACGGGAUCCACCUGUCCUCGCCUCCCGACCCUGAGUCUCGCAUGGGGUCGGCGGAUGACGGAGACAUCCAGAACAUGUGGCUGAACCUUUUCCGGUUUCCCUCUCUGGACCCGUGUCCCCCCGCGGGCCUCCGGGACGUCCCCGCAGACCCUCUGCUCCCCCCGUGUCCUCAGGCGCCGUCCAGCCAGUGUGAAGCGGUAUUCAUCCCCAGCCCCGCUACCCUUCUCGGCCUGCUUUCCUUCAGCCAGAGCCUGCUUGAUUCUCAUCAGGUGGCCUGCGUCUUCCCAGGUGUACCGGACAUGUUUUUAGCCCCUGUCCCCGAGCACAAUAGCCAAGGUCCUUGCCUGCUGCUCGGGCGCCAUAGUGCUCCUCAACGUGGGCCAGAUGGUGGUGAUGUGCACCGCCACUCUCUUGCCUUUACCAGUGUUCCUCCCUCGUGUUCUCACACAAAAGUGGCCGCAGUGGGACGCCGUCCUCCGCCUUGCCUGCGGCCCCGCAGCGGCGGAGGGAGCUCGGACCGGCCGGCCUCCAGAACCGAGCUGGACGCGGCCUUGCAGCAGCAGCAGCAGCAGCAGUUCUGUAGGCAGGUGGGGCUGCACGGCCGUGCUCAGACGCUUCAGAUGAGGCUGCGAGGCCUGCUGGGGGAGCACGCUCUGCUGCACUGCAACCAGCAGCUGGAGGGGCUGAAGAGCCACCUGCGACCCGGCGGCGUUCCCCUCGGCGGCUCGGACUCUACGCUCCCCGGCGGGCCGCCUCACCUCCCGGGGGGCGAGCCCCGUCUUUCCUGGUCGGAGGCGUCCACGGCUUCGUGCUCCUUCGCGGAGCUCACGGAGUUCAGCCGCUCCAGCGAGGCGAUACUGAGAGGCCUGCAGGAGGCUCUGGACUCCGAGGCCACGGCGAGCAGCUCGGAGGAGGAGGAGGAGGACGAGGAGGAGAUCCACGGGGCAAACAAGGCUUCAGCUGUCAGCAGCUGUGAGGGGCGGUGGCUGCAAGAGCGAGCGGAGCUGUGCAGCAGAUGGAGUUGGUUGCAGCUCCGUCUGGCCGACCUGGAGGGGAGGAUACCGGCGCUGGUGGAGCUGCACAAGCAUAUCCGCUCUGCCAAGGGUGGCGUGGUGCUCGCGGAGGCCCAGCCGCUGACAGACGGACAGAUCCAGCAGACCCUGCUGAGAGAAAUGGCCGGCCUGUCCUGCUCGGCCCCGGAUGCUGACGCUGAACACUGCAGCCCGACGCGCCUUCUUCACAACAUAGAGAGACAGAGUGCUCAGCUCAGCCAGAUUGUCAACAGCCUGAUGGCUCCCCUCUGCUUUUCACCGCUAUCUAAACAACCCAAGAGGAGCGGUUGGAAAGGAGACCGCGCGUUUGAGCCCGCAGGCUCUAAGAGAAGGAGACCGGCUACCAAGAGGCUCUCCAAAAAUGUGUCGUGCGUGUGCGCCCGGACCCGACCUCUGGUCACCUACCACAAGCCCAAACUGUUCCCCUUCUACUCCUGCGAGCCCAGCGGUGUAGAGGACUCCAGGAAGCCAGCGUCUACCAUCCCCUCUCCUCCCUCGUCAUCCUCCUGUCCGUGUUGCUCGUCUGGCGAUCCUUCGGUCCUGUGCUCCGACCCAGACUGCAGCUCCAGUCGGGCCCCGUCCUCCAGGACCUCCAGCGGCUCGCUUUCAUCCGACACUCGUUGGCCCCAGCACUCCAGGAGACUCCCGGCCAGAGAGGUGUGGUCCCAAAGGCCGUUGUGGUUCAUCCGUGCCCAGCCAACCGAUGGAGUGCACGGAUUCAGCUCCACGCCGCUGCACAGCCGUCGCACAUCCAAGCAGCAUGCGAGGCGUCGUAAAGGAAGAGUUCUGGGUCUGUCGCCUAUCAGGACGGACGGCUCUGCUCAGAGUCAACACAGCAGAGCCGACCAGAGGAAGAGGAAGAGACGACACAUCCCCAGGCCGACAGAAGACGAAGAAGAUGUCCUGUACCGGUUCUGUGACCCAAACACCUCAGAUGAAGCGUUCGAGGAGAGCUACACACAGUUCUCGCGCAAGAAGACCUCGCAGGGCUUCAUUCGUAAGCGCCAGGGGGAGAGUGUGUACAACAUCGACAACAUCGUCAUCCCCAUGUCUCUGGCUAAAGUGGAAAAGCUGCAGUACAAAGACAUCCUGACGCCCAGUUGGCGGGAGAUUGAUGCAUCAUCUCUGAUAACCAGGGAGGCAGAGGAGGAGGAGGAGCAGCAGCAGCAGCAGCAGCAGCAGCAGCAGGAGGAGGAGGAGGAGGAAGAGGAAGAGGAGGAUGAGCAGGUGGAGGACCUCGCUAACGAAGUGUUUGCACAGAGACACCUGCACUUGGAGCAGAGGGAGAAAUUACGCUGGUCGUGGGGGAAAAGAAAAUGCUGCCGGCUUUCUAAAAGAUCCGGCAGCAGGUUAUCGGGCAGUUGGGGCGCGGCGUGCACGUCGGGAGAGGAGAGCUCCGCGGAGAUGGGUUGUGCUCUGCUGGAUUCUGGUGAACAGCAGAGCUCAGAGGAGUGGCUGCCUCAGGCCCCCUGGGAGCCACGAGUGUUCCCAUUGGCCGUGGGCGAGGCGGACGCUCUUCUCUCCGAUAAGCUGGACGGAGCUCCGUUAGAGUGGCCUCAGCGCGGCUGUGCCUCCACCUCCUGUCCGUCCCCCGCGCGGUCCUCUGGCGCCACGCUGCCCCCUGCUGGACUCAGCCGCAGCAGCACACCCAGCGGCAGCUGAGGCGGCGGGGCCUUCGGGUUCUACAUGUCUCCUCAUGCUGGAACCACAAGGAGAAAAUGUGCUGAGGGAACCUUAAUUUGGAUAGUUAAUACAUUCCAGAACAGUGAUUUGAUAUGUUUGAUUUCUUAUAUGCUAAUUGCUUUAUUGGUUUACUUGUAAAUACUUAUUGCGUAUUAAAAGCAUAACUACUGUAGCUUCUGCUACACUUUCAGGUUUUAAUAUAUAAACGGUGCUGUAUGUAAAGAGAUGUGACCAGCAUAACUCCAAUGUAGUCUCAGGUUUGUAUACUGUUUGUAGAUGACACUUACUAUUUAUUUUCACAACUGUCUUACAAAGUCAAUAUAUGAAGACUUAAAAAAAUACACAUAUUUAUGUAACUUUUACUUGAUUUACAUGUACUUUUUGUUUUUAGUAUUUUUUAUCUGUUGAUGCUAUAUUUGUAAUAUAUUUUUAUGAAAUUUGUUAGUAAACAUUUGCCAGCCACUAUAUUUUACAGAGUC